CAGCUACGUUUUGUUCAGAAACUCUGUCCUGAACUAAAGAAAACAUCCAGCAAGCACUGGGCAAGGAAGGCCAGCGGCGGAGAACAAGGGUGGUCUCGGCCGUGCCAGAGGAUGGAGGUGCACAAUGUAUCGGUCCCCUUCAAUUUCUCUCUGCCGCCUGGCUUUGGCCACCGCGCCACAGACAAGGCACUGAGCAUCAUCCUGGUGUUCAUGCUGCUGUUCAUCAUGUUCUCCUUGGGCUGCACCAUGGAGUUCAGCAAGAUCAAGGCUCACUUCUUAAAGCCCAAAGGGGUGAUCAUUGCCAUGUUGUCGCAGUACGGCAUCAUGCCCCUCGCUGCCUUUGUCCUGGGCAAGGUCUUCCGUCUAAACCCAAUCGAGGCAUUGGCCAUCCUCAUCUGUGGCUGCUCGCCUGGAGGGAACCUGUCCAACCUCUUCACCCUGGCCGUGAAGGGAGACAUGAACCUCAGCAUUGUGAUGACCACCUGCUCCUCCUUCACUGCCUUGGGCAUGAUGCCUCUCCUCUUGUACAUCUACACCAAAGGGAUCUAUGACGGGGAUCUUAAGGACAAGGUGCCCUACAAAGGCAUUAUUAUAUCGCUGGUCAUGGUUCUCAUCCCUUGUAGCAUAGGAAUCUUCCUCAAAACCAAAAAGCCACAAUAUGUUCCCUACAUCGUCAAGGGAGGGCUGAUCAUCACUUUCUGCCUCAGUGUGGCUGUCACAGUCCUGUCUGUCAUCAAUGUGGGCAAUAGCAUUGUGUACGCCAUGACACCACCACUGCUGGCCACCUCUUCCCUGAUGCCUUUUGCUGGCUUCCUUCUGGGCUACAUCCUCUCUGCUCUCUUCCAGCUCAAUCCACGCUGCAGCCGCACCAUCAGCAUGGAAACAGGAUUCCAAAACGUUCAACUCUGUUCUACCAUCCUCAACGUGACCUUUCCCCCUGAAGUCAUUGGACCACUUUUCUUCUUUCCUCUUCUGUAUAUGAUUUUCCAACUUGCAGAAGGAAUUCUCUUCAUUAUUAUCUUUCGGUGCUAUGAGAAAUUCAAGCCUCCCGAGGAUGAAACCAAGGUGACCUACAAGGCUGCUGCCACUCAAGAUACUAUUCCAGAAGCUCCAGAAAAAGGUACCCACAAUGGGAAUGUUCCUUCUACACAACCUAACCCUUCCCCCAAUGGCCUGGAUUCUGGUCAGGUGGCAAUUUAAAAUGCCUAUGUAAAAAAAUCAGACGCAGCAAGAAAAGGACCACCAUGCUUGCCUGAAUGUUUGUAUAGCACUUCCAGGAAAUCCGUCAGCACAAUCAUGAAGCCGUAACAAUGGGCAACCUACCCAGGAACCCUUACCCAUUCAACAUGGAAUCUGCUAUUUGUCCAAAAAAUAAACAAGAACUGGGCAAAGUGGUUCAUGUUUAUAAUCCCAAUGCUCAGUAACUGAAAUGUCGACCUUAAAGUAUGAAGACUGUCAAACCAAACAUACUCUUCAGUAGCUAUGAAUGCUUAUGAAGGCACUCACCUGCCCUCUACAGCAGUAUCUGAUUUAUACUGGUUUCACUAUUUACUUUCCCCUUGGUGGGUAUGUUGUUCAAAAGGAAAUAAACUACAACACAAUGGUUCUAA